GCCAGCUCCCAAACUUGGAGCAGUGAUGACCAAAUAUGGAGCGUGUGCGCGCCAGCGGGCUGGCAGGAAGGAACCCGAGUCCUCCUUUGACCUCCACCAGCUGCUAGUCUGGGACUGCGAAGGACCGCUGAAAGAAGUGGCUAGCCCCCAGCGUGCCGCUGUACCGCCGGCUGCUGAUUCCCAGGCGUCCCCACCCCGGCAGGCUUUAUUCAUCGAACGUGAGAAAAUCUCCGUGUAUUGCCUCUAAACUUAACAAACAAACAAGACAAAAACUGUGAGAAGGCAACAAUGAAUGUGGAUCACGAAGUUAACCUCUUAGUGGAGGAAAUUCAUCGUCUGGGUUCAAAAAAUGCUGAUGGGAAGUUAAGCGUGAAAUUUGGGGUCCUCUUCCAAGACGACAAAUGUGCCAAUCUCUUUGAAGCAUUGGUCGGAACUCUCAAGGCUGCCAAGCGAAGGAAGGUUGUUACGUACCCAGGAGAGCUACUCUUGCAAGGUGUUCAUGAUGAUGUAGACAUCAUAUUGCUGCAAGACUAAUGUGGUUUGCAUAUCUUUGUUUAUUGUUAUGUUUUGUUUCUGGUAAACUGGAAUAUUAGGUCAAAAGACACACGUGAGCAUACUUGAUGUAUUUUUUAUAGAACUUUGAAAACAAAAGGAGACUCUUAUUUUAAAAGUCUGCCCUUUUUUAUACCUUGAGAAGAAUUUAUGUAUUUCACUGUAGAAUAAACAAAACCUAUCAUUUUUCUCAGGAAUCUGGUUGGAAAAUGGGGGCUCUGAGGCUUUUCUGGUGGGGAUGCAAGGUAUUUCAUAAAUCAUUCUUAGAUAAUUUCUACAGAUAGUUGACAUUCCAUAAAAGCAAGAGGCAGAACUGAAGAUCAGCUCCCACAAGGAAUAUUGUACUGUUUAUGUAAUAAAAACAUACCACGAUGUUAAAA